CUGAGGGCUCCACACAGAGCAAAGCCGACAGGCCGCGGGUCUGGCCUUUAUUUCAAGUCCCGUUGUGGUGGGGGGCCCUCAGGAUGCUCUCUGGCCUUCGGGAGCGUUCGUGGCCAGGUGGAUGCGUUAGGCCAUUUCUUCACCGUGCCUUGCCCGAAGGCACACGGUGUAGGGGUGAGAAAGAGCUGCAGAGUUGGAGCCCUUCUGGAAAGGCUUUUCCUUUAUAUCUUAGGAAACUCGCCCAUCCAGCAGCCCCUCCCUGCCCCAAGCUAACAAACUAAUCUUCGUUUUUUAUAUAUCCCCUCCUCACCAUUUUGCAUUAAAGGGCUGAGCUGAGCUGUUUGCCUCUGCUGGUGCUUCUCACCAUCCUACAUCUUGUGGUGACACAGCCUGUCCCCUAGGGCAAGGAACCCAGUGCAAGGCAGUCUUCCCUUGCAGGGACAGCACUAAAAAGGAAUAUAUGACAUCACAAAGUGUCUUAAGUUGGAAGAGACCUUAAAGAUCAUCGAGUUCACCACUUCACAGUCUCUCAAAGAUAAGGGGGUUCUUGACCAUCAUACUCUCGCAGUGAGAGUCUGGUGGACUCAAUACCCCAGGCUAAUUUGUGUUGUCUCUUCCUCACAUACACAGCACGCUGCCAGGGACCACCUCCCUACCAAGAGCUCUCAAAGAUAAGAGCUGAAGGAUUUCCACCCCACACCCAUCAAAGGUACAGUUCUCACUGACAUGGAGCUCAUGUCAUCCAUGAUGCAAAAAAUCAGUCUGCUGGAGCAAAAAAUAGAGAAACAAACACAAGAAAUCCAACUGAAGGACAGGAAGAUUGCUGAACUUGAAGAGAAGAUAAAGACUCUUCAGAAAGGAGAAGAUGCUCCUGACUCAUCCACUGAGGAUCUGGAAAGGAGGUGCCUUCAGCUGCAGACUCAGGUCUGGGAGAUGGAGUUUCUAAAUGACUAUGGUCUGAUCUGGGUUGGAGACAGACACGAAGAGCCGGAAGACUUAGAGUCACUCAGAGAUGAUGAGCUGCUGGCAAAGAGGAUCUGGAAGCCAGGUGAGGCAGUCGUUUCCAAACAUCAGGUUGAUUUUGAUUUAAUCUUGGAAAACGUGAAGGGUUUGAACAUGUUGGUUGGAGACAGCAUCUCUCACGUUGAGCACACGCCGGGGGGAGCUCGGCUGAAGCAGACAGAGCCCCUCUCUCUGACACUCUAUCAGAACGGGAUCAUCAUGUCAGACGGACCCUUUCGCUCCUAUGAGGAACUGUCUGCUCAGCAAUGCCUGCAGGAUAUUGUGGAUGGCUAUUUCCCUUCAGAGUUGCAGACACGCUACCCAGAUGGUGUCCCUCUGCAGGUCACUGACAAAAGAGAUGUGGUAUUUCAGGAGAGAGACCUUCCUGGGAGUUUUCCUGGCCGUGGCCAACUUGUUGGCCAUUCAAAACUAAGCAAGGUAGAGGAACCCACCGAGAUCCCAGGUCCCAAAUCCUUUCUGGAGCAGUUUUGGAACAAAUAUCCUAAGUCAUCAAGGCACAGUGAAGUGAUGGCCACCCGAGACACAGUGGGAGCAAUGCAGCAGGGCUCUGAUGGGGUGCAGAGCAGCAAAGAGAUCGUGGUGUGGACACCCAGGCUGCCUGCCCUGCAGAGGUUAGAGACAGCUGAAGGGGCUGAAGCUUCUGCUCCUGAGGUCUGCACUCUCCGCAUCAAAUCUGAAAGUGGGGAGCAGACGUAUGUCAUAAAGAUGCUGUUCUCAGAGACAAUAGGAGACCUGCGCCAACACCUUGCCCACGCCAGGGGUGGAGAUUCCGACUCAUAUGAGAUCAUCAGUACCUUUCCCCAGAGGGUAUACUCGGACAACUCCAGGAGCCUGCAGGAAUGUGAGCUGAUCCCCAAUGCCUCCUUGCUGCUGCGGAGAAGAGACCCCUCCCCACCAGAGGGGACGGGGCUGCAAACAGCCUAGCAGCAGCUCUGCAGGAGGAAGGAGCUACCUUGCACUGCUGGCUGAGCUACAACAUCCCCUCGGCUGGGAAGAGAGCAGAGUUGUCUUUCCAGAUCUAGUUUCAUUGCGCUGUUACCUGGUAUGGAGUGCAAGGUUCCUUCUUCGGUCUCUCCCUUCAGCUGAGUGCCACGUGCCAGCCCCAGUGUUCUGCUGUCUCCUGGGUGGAUGGUUGCUGUUCCCCAGGGCAGGUGGGCUGCUCUCACAGGGAUUGCUGUGAGCACAAGGCAGAGGCCCUGGUUUCUCACCUCUGCUGGAGGUUAUAUCAGCUGAUCUCUGCUCAGGGAAGGCUGCCAGCUUUGCAUUGGUACCAGGGCAGUUGCUUAGCUGGACUCAGGGAUUCUCUACAGCAGCAGAUAUCUGGGCAAGACAGACACACAGCAAGGGUCAGCCUAUUUUCCAUGGAGCUGCUGCCCAGAGAUUUCAACUGCAUCUAUAGCAGAAGAAAAACAGGCUCAGUAAUAUGGUCUUGAGCAACGGCCUUGGGCCAUUUCAAUACUGGGACUGAGCCAGCCUCCUUCCAGCCAGGAGAUCCUGCUGCUGGGUUUCCUGGACGUGAGCAGCUCCUUUCCUUGGACAGCCCCCAUCUGCAGAGGGCCUGAGGCUUGCAGCCACACAGAGCCAAACCUGCUGCGACUUCAAAGCUGCUGCCUUCCUCCCUCCCAGCCCGCUGCUCUGCUGCAACAGGACACCGUGUCAUUAGAGAAGAGCAUAAUCCCUUUGCUCCUUCUCUGCUGAACCCUGACAGUAAAGCAUCUUCCUCUCCUGUAGGCUGGAGCCACGCUCUGCAGGCCCCAUUCCACACACAUCCUUCCCGUUUCAGCUCUGACAAUUUCCCACUUCACUCCCAGCUGAGAACACUCCCCCGUGUGCAAGGCAGCGCCUUCUGGCAGCUCCCUUUUAGCAGAAGCCCAACACGCGCUGUCACCCAGCCCUCAGUAAAGGCUUCUGAUAAAAACA